GUCGAGUAGAAAAGUCUCGCGUACAACCUAUUCAUUAUGAAAUUGUCUGAUACCGCUUCCGGUCCAUAAUAACCAACAAGAUGAGUACGCUUACAAAUCAUCAAGACCCGAGGAGACCAAACAAGAUAGUAAGGUAUAAACCCCCACAAGCUGGGACUCCAUCAGAUGAUCCUACCCCAGACUACAUGAAUCUCCUUGGAAUGAUUUUCAGUAUGUGUGGACUUAUGAUGAAGUUGAAAUGGUGUGCCUGGGCUGCAGUGUAUUGUUCCUUCAUCAGUUUUGCCAACGCAAGGACUUCAGAAGACACCAAACAGAUGCUAAGUAGCUUUAUGUUGUCAAUAUCAGCUGUUGUGAUGUCAUACCUACAGAACCCCCAACCAAUGACCCCACCUUGGUAAUCAAAAGACAAUAUGUUGUAAAGAAAAGGGUCAGAGCUAGAGAGGAAUGGGCUGGUGAAGACAAGUGACUGUGAUUCGUAAUCAGUUCAGUUGGAAACACUACUUUAUAUCAGGAGUUAGUUCAAUCAUUUGAACCUCUAGUAGGAUUCUUAUUGACAAUUACAUAUUUUACUAUGUCCUUAUCAUAAUGCAUUAUUUUCCAUGUACAAAAUUGAUUUUAAUAUGAGAGGUUUUAUGAACUUUAGAAUAUUUGAAAGGGGUGAAUGAUUUUUCCCUUUGUUUUAAUUAUGCAUUUUUGUGUGCAAUACUUCAAUAAAAUUAAUCAUGAUCUAUAU